AUACAUUUCCAAUUGUUUUUGAAUGAUGAACUAUUUGGUUUUUUCUCUGUAAUAAAGUUCUAUUAAAUAGUGUAAGUAAAGAAAAUGGAUUCAGGUGUUGAAGAAGUUUUGCAUCAAAUCCAAGAUAACUUCGAUGGAAACAAAAUACAACGAAAGCGACGACGUUCUGAAAAUGACGAUCAGGAGAAUAGCAGCAACCCAUCUACUUCAGAUAAUGGAGCAACACCGGAUUAUGUUCCUGUUGCAAAGUUUCGUGGUAUAGACGAAAUUGACAAAAUUUCUAUAGAAGACUUUCCGGAUGAAAUUCUUUAUGAAAUAUUUAAACAUUUAGACUCAUGGUCGUAUUACAGUCUCAUGAAUUGUUGUAAUCGUUUCCAUACUUUGUUGAUGGACCGCCGUUUUUGGCAACAUAUUGACCUUAGUCAGAAGUUACUGCCGCUGGGAAUACUUGAAUAUGUGAUGGAACGCACUCAUCCAGGAACAACUUGUUUAAAAUUACAGGGCCCGUCAAGACAAUAUACUAAUACAGAAAUACUAAAGUUCAAUAAAACUUUAGCAGAUACCUUUACUUUACGAAGCACACAAUUGAGUGUUUUAGAGCUGCGAGGUGUUACAGUAGAUCUAAAGAAUGUUCGAAUAGCAAAUUUUCCUAGAACUUUAAAGCGACUGGUUUUAAGAGAUUGUAAUAUUUGUAAGCCCGAAGAGGAACAAAGUAUAUUUGCCGGCAUACACACUCAUCUAGUGAAUUUAGAGGAAUUGGGAAUUGAAUUUAGUGACUGGUUUGAACCCUAUUAUAUCAUGAUGAUAUCUAAAAUGCCUUUACUCCGUUGGCUCAGCUUAAAAGGAUGUCCGCGACUUGGUGAUUUCAUACCUUAUGGUAGUAUGGCAGCUCGUUUCGGUUUUAAAAAAUUAGCGUAUUUGGACUUACGAUAUACACCAAUAACAGACUCAGAUAUACAAUGUUUUAAUGUUGUGCUCACAUUGAAAGAACUACUACUUGACUGUCCUUUGGCCUCGCGCGACACAGAAAACAAAAAUGCUUCAGCCAAACAAACGAUAAAUAAGUGUGCCACCAAUGAAGAUGACUGUCAGCCAUCAACAUCGAGAGCAAAUACAUCAAACGAUGACUCGCCUUCAAGUUCCGGUUCUGAUGAUGUCCAACCUCUGGAAAUACGUGAUGACUCAGACUUGGAACAACCAUCUUGUUCUAGCCCCCAAUUAACACUAUCUUCAUCUAAUACAUCGUCGUCAUCAGUUUCCCCUUUUGCAUCGCCAUCACAUUUACCACAAGAUCAGGCGGCAGAUAACAAUCCACCUGAACCCGCCGGAAAUGUACCGUCAAGAAGUCGUUUCUUACCUAGACCAGACCAAGUUAUUUUAUUAGAUUUUGUAAGUCGACGUCCAAGUGUACGACAUGUACGUCCACCACCAAAUUUGGAUAAUCAUUUCGAUCAAAUGCUGCACCAUCCAUUAUUCUGGAACAUAAUAAAUCCACUUGAGCGAGAAUCUCGUUGGUCUAGAUCUCUGACAGGGCCUGGACAUCAUCCAUGCUAUCGCCAAUAUCCCAUUUCCGAUCGUGGUAUUUGCUGUUUUGGGCGGCCGCAAAAUCCUGUUGAACAAGGUGUAAUUUGGAUACGUAUCGGUAAUAGGCCAAGCGAAAAUAGCUUUGAAAGGCUUAGUGUACGAAAUUAUAAAAAGGUUACUGAUAUAUCAUUACAUCAUCUUGUACAGUGCUCACCAGAUCUUAUAUAUCUGGAUUUAAGUGGCACAAGCGUAACGCGUGAGGGUGUAAAACGGUUCAAAGCCGAAAAGCCGGAAUGUCAAAUCAUAGCUGAUCAUCUAAUAGGGACCAGCAAUGACAACUGCUCCACAAAUCAAGAUACAACAACAGAUUAAUAUUUAAGUACGUUCAUACACAUGGUGCUGUAAUAUAGGUAUAUAUUAUAUUAUGUAUUACAAACCUAGUUUAUAUAUACAUAAUAGGCAUAAAUUCAUUUAUUCAUUCAAUCAGACCUAAAUACAAAUGUAUAAUUUAUAAAAUAUAAACGUUAUGUUUAUGUAAGGUAUAAGUGAUGAAUACAAACCGUAUUCAUGAUCAAAGAUAAUUUAGCAAGUUGUCGUUUUAUUUUUAAUAGUCACAUAUGAUAUAUAUACGCUGACGAUAAUUUUUAUUCAGAAUUAUUGUAAUUUUACUACAUUACUGCAAUGCAACGGUAGUUUUUACAGUGUGUAAGAAAUAUAGUAAUAUUUGAAUAAAUAUAGACUAUAAUUAU